GCUUAUAAACAUAUGUAUUCUAGUUUGAUACAUGUACAUGCAUAUAUUUUGAUAAACAUCUCUGAUAUAUAUAUCUCGAUCAUCUUAAGAUUUGGGUAUCCAGACCCAGGGUACCUUCAGAGAGUUCAGGAGGAACUCAAGGCCAAGGGAAUUGAGGAAGAGCAAGGUGAAGUUCAGCAACCACCAGUUGACCACCAGCAAAACAAAUAUGAGAAACCCAGCCAUUCCUCAAACACUAUUGACCUUCCUUCUCACUGGAGUCCAAUGCCUUCAGGCAAAGUUGUGGAUAUCAUUAAGUUAAAGCCUACAGAUCCAGAUUUCAAGAGAGUAGCAGGAAGUAUUUCAUUGGGAAAUUUCAGGUUGAGCAAUAUGAAGAUUUACCGCAUACAAAACUCAGACUUGUUCCAAAGAUUCAUGGCUAAGGAAAAGAGUAUAAGAGAAAAUUUCUCCCAGGGCAGCAUAAUAGAAAGUGCAUUGUGGCAUGGGACAAGAGAACAUGAAAUGGACCAUAUCAGCAAAUAUGGUGUUUUGCCUCAUUACAACUCCCACAUGGGACAUCAUGGAAAUGGUGUUUAUUUCUCAGUCAGUGCAGAGAAAUGCAGUCGGGUAUGUCAGGCUGUAUAUCCUUCAGGCAAGAAGCACAUGAUAAAAUGCCGUGUGCUGACAGGAGAGUACAUGAAAGGUAGUGCUUGGAUGAAAUCUCCACCAGUGAGGCCAGGUUCAGCAGACACAUUUGAUUCAGUUGUUGACAGCGUUUCAGAUCCAUCUGUGUUUGUGAUCUUCUCUGCUGUCCAAAUAUAUCCAGAAUACUGGAUAACAUUCACUUAAGUUUUAAUAUGCUGACAGUGAUGAAAUUUUCAUUUGAUUAUAUAUAUGGACUUAAGGUCUCAUGAUGAUUUAUUUUUAAGAAAUGAGAUAAUUGUUUUUCAAUUUCCAGCUAGUGAUGAUACUUUGUUAGUUUAAAAAGUUGAUUUUCAUUUCCUUUAUCUUAAUUGCAACUGUCAGUUUUGUUUACAUCAUUGAGAAACAAGUUAGUUUUGUUAGGUUUAAUAUUGUUUACUGUUUAAAAAUAGCAUUUUAGCUGAUAAUUUAAGUCUUAUAAAUUUGUGUACUCUCACACCAGGCUAGGAUAAAAUGGUGUCUAAGGAGGCUUAUCUAUUUUAAUGCUAAUCGAAACCUGGGGCAGAUAAAUUGUUUUAUUUGUCAGAGUUUUAACUGGACAAGUGAGAAAACUUGUUAGGGGGUUGAUAGGAACAUGCUGUAGAGUUUAAAGUUAUGACAGCAACUAUCGUAUAAAGAUGAAGCUUAUAAGAACAUUGUUUGUGUAAGUCUGUUUAAAACAAGUGUGGACAAAAAUGUUCGAUGUUCCAGUUCAGAACAUUUACAUACAUUUGUCAUUUUUGACAUUGUGUUCUCGUGAAGACUGCAGGAAGUCACCAAAAUUGCAUAAGUGAUAGUUUAUAGACUGGAGUAUUUGGAAAAAAUAGGUAAUUUUUCCCAGUAUGGACAAAAUAACCAGACUAACUGAAUAUAUAUGGAUGGAUUUCUGACUUGUAGUACGUAUUAUAACAUGUUAAAAGGGGUUAUUGGUGAUGCAUAAACACUUAUGUAACAAAGAAAUGAAAUUUUGCCAAUUGUUCCUGUACUUGUACCUAAAAUAAAUUUUUGAGAAAAUUAACAUCAAUUGGUACGUUUUAAAAAUCUAUUCAAGAUCUUUUUUUUUCAGUCCAUCAAUAUAAAGAUUUAUGCAGUAAUUUAUAAGAUACACCAAUGUGCACAUAUUUUACCAUAAAAUUCAGUUAACUUACUGUAAAUAGCAUUCUCCUAAUGUGUAAGAAGGGUUACUUCAGGUAACAUAUUAAUAAUUAGAUAAUAAUUUUAAUGAUAACCUUGCUUUAUUCAAAUGCCAUCCAGCAAAUUCAAAUGCUUUUUUCAGAUCCAUUUUAUAUACAAUACAUACAUUAAAAUAUCUUGGUGGGUUUUGUUUGUAUGCAAGUGUAUUAUUGUGCCAUUAUCUUUUGCCUUUCUCCAAUUUGCAUGUGUAAGAGAUUAUGUAUUCAAAUUCUUUUUAAAAGACAUUUUAACUGCAGUGAAAUUUUAACUAAGUGCAAUUGGAAACCAUAUUUUUACAAAGCUUAUUAUUAUUUUACAAUGGAACAUUGUAAGGUAUGAAUAUUUUGUGAAUGCUGUUUUAAAAUUGUUUAUUGUCUGAACCUACUGUUAUUCAAAGUACUUUCACUUUUAUAGAGUGUCAUAUAUUUGAUUGUUUACUUCAGCGAAAUAGUGGAGUUUUUUUAGACGUUUGUGCAUAGAUAGACAUUUUAUGAAGACUAGAAUUGCAAAAAUUUGAACAACUGCUCGUCGACCAUCAAUCAAUCACAUAAGAUAUAAAGGCUUAAAUUUUAGUGAAUAUUACCAAAGAGACCUUGGUCGGAACAAAUUUAAGCAUAACUGUGUCAGUGUUUUAACUUAAAUUUGUUCAUCUCAGAGAUGGCAACACAACUGAUUCUGCUUAUUAUUGUACCACCAGCGUUAGCGCUGGCGGUACACAUGGUUUGGGUCCCGUCCGGUCCGUUCCGCCGGCUCC